AUGGAGCAAACGCGUGCCCUCAACGCCCUGGAGCCGUUCCUCGCUCUCUCUAAAUCCGCAAACUCACCCCGCGCCGCCGCGGAUCUAGUAGCCCAAGCUACUGCUGCUCCACACACUUAUGUCUUUGCCGAGCUGCUUCAGACGCCGAACAUUCAGGCAUUGAGGAACUCGGAAGAAUACGCUUCGCACCUCACCCUGCUCGAAAUUUUCGCCUGGGGAUCGUGGGAGGACUACAAAGCUCAUGGCUCUCUUCCCAAACUCUCGGCUCAGCAACACAAAAAGCUGCUCCUCCUCUCGCUUCUGCCACUUGCUCGCUCGCACACAACCCUGACCUACUCGGCGCUAAUGGCUGCUCUCGACCUCCCCACCACCCGUGCGCUGGAAGAGCUCAUCACAACCGCUAUCUACUCCGGCCUCCUCACCGCCACCCUUGACCCCGCCCACUCUCUUCUCUCCGUGACUGGCAUAUCUCCGCUCCGUGACCUCGCACCAGGCUCUCUCCCCACUCUCCAGCAAACACUGUCUACAUGGUCACAGCGUUGUGAGUCCGCACUCGCCGAUUUGGAGGCCCAGGCCGCGUCUGUCAAGCGUGCGGCUGUUGCCAGGGAAAAGGAUAGGAGGAAGAAAGAGCGGGCAUUGGAGAUUACCAUCGCGGCUUCGGAGGAGAAGGGUGGGGCGAAGAGGGGUAUGAGUGGCUUGGGUGAGGAAGAUAUGAUGGACAUCGACCAGGAAGGUGGCAGCGGACGUGUGCUGAGGAACACAAAGAGGGGUACUGGCGGUGGUGGCUUCGGAUUUACCAGGAGACUAGGAUGAGCGGUUCACAUGUACGCGCAUGUAAAAUCGCCGCUCCCUUCGGAUAGUCGGAGUGGAGU